AUGUUUAAGGUUAGCCUACAGAGAGCUCUUCGGCCGGCUGUGCUGAAGUUCCCGCCGGGACUGGGGCUGGCUCCUCCGGGGCUGGCUCCUCCGGGGCUGCCGAUAGCGUGGAGGCUGCCGGGGAACCCGCUCCGCCGGAUGGGGACACAUGGGAGAAACGAGCCGAGGGAGCCGCUCCAUUCCCCCAAGGGGGCCAAAGAGUUUAUUUACCGCCUUCAGCCGAACGAAAGGACGUGCUUACUCAAGGAACUGCAGACUUUCGAGUCCAUUGCCAUCGCCCAAGACGGAAACUUGCAGAAAAACGAGACGCUGGAUCAGUCCCCGCCGAAUGCAGCCCAGAUCAGAUACGUUUUAUUCCACAACGCCGUCCCUUUCGUUGGAUUUGGAUUUCUUGACAAUGCCAUCAUGAUCGCAGCUGGAACUCAGAUCGAACUGUCCAUUGGAGUCACUUUGGGGAUCUCCACCAUGGCCGCUGCCGCUCUGGGGAACCUGGUUUCAGAUCUGGCAGGUCUGGGUCUUGCAGGUUACGUGGAGGCUCUGGCCCUCAGACUGGGGAUGCAGGUGCCAGACCUGACGCCCAAACAGGUGGACAUGUGGCAGACCAAGCUCAGCUCUCACAUGGGAAAAGCCAUCGGCGUCUCCAUCGGCUGCAUUUUGGGGAUGUUCCCGCUGUUUUUCCUGAGCGAUGACGAUGAGAAAGACAAAGAAGCACAACCCUGCACCGACAAAGCAUCACACUCCUAA